UGGGAGCUCUGGGAGAUGAAGUUCGGCUGCCUGUCCUUCCGGCAGCCUCAUGCGGGUUUCGUCUUAAAUGGGGUGAAGACCCUGGAGAUGCGGUGGCGGCCCGUGGUGAGCGGCCACCGGCACCGCACCCUGGCCGUCCACAUCGUGCACAGGGACUGGGAGGACACAGCCUGGAGGGAGCUGCUGGCCGAGAGGCUGGGGAUGAGCCCCGCGCAGAUCCAGGCCUUGCUGCGGGACGGGGAGAAGUUCGGCCGCGGAGUGACAGCCGGGCUGGUUGACAUUGGGGACACUUUGCUGUGCCCAGAAAACUUAGGUCCCAACGAGGUUGCAGAGCUGGAGAAUCAAGCCCUGCUGCCCAACCUGCGGCAGAAGUACCUGACAGCGCUUGCCAACCCCCGCUGGCUGCUUCAGCCUGUCCCCAGGAGAGGCGGGAAGGACGUCUUCCAGGUGGACAUCCCCGAACACCUGAUCCCCUUUGGGCAGGAGGCCUGACCAGACUGGGCUCUCGAGAGGA